UUCAUUCUCUGCCGAAUGAUUAUCAUUAUACAAUUAACAAACAUUGUAUUAUAUUUUUAAAGUAUACUUUAAAUUUUUAUUAUUAAUAAUACUAAAUAGUUUUUUAUUCUCCUUAUAUAAACUCUUUUUUUAGUGAGGCGGAUUAGGGCGAAAAAGGAGAAAAAAAAAUGGGGAGGAAGAAGGUGGUUAUGAAGCGGAUUGAAGAUAAGAGCAGCCGUCAAGUGACGUUUUCUAAACGGCGUAACGGAUUGAUGAAGAAAGCUCGUGAGAUCUCCGUUCUUUGCGACUGUGAAAUCGCCGUUAUUGUCUUCUCUAACAGCGGCAAACACUAUCACUUCUCUAGCACCAACUCUAGUUUGCCCGAGAUUCUCAACAAAUACAAAACGCGUUUUGAAGGGGAGUUUACACAUUUAUACCAAGAAGAGGAUGCAAGCAGGAAAUCCUACGUAGAGCUACUGCGAAUAGUUGAAACGUGCGUUGAAGGUCCUAAUAAUGAUGAGCAGCAUAGUUUAUCAGACCUUAUAAAUCUGGAGAACCAACUCGACGCCGCACUGAGAGAUACCAGAUAUAAAAAGACUCAACUAAUGGUGGAAUCUAUAAGUGCUCUUCACCAAAAGGAAACCAAACUAAAAGAGGAAAAUGAAGUUCUAGAGAAGGAGGUUAAAGCAAUGAGGAACUCUGUGGAGAAGAUGAAUGAGGCCAGCAGCCACCAUGAAAGGGCAACUUUGAGUUUGCUUCACUAGUAAGUAAGUGCAGCUAUCGAUACUCAUUGUUUAGGGUUUCCUCUUCUAAAUUACUAUUUACCCUAACAUGUAUGAUUAAAUACAAACUAAAUAUUAUUAUGUAAUUAUGCAUUAAGACAUCCAAUUAUUAUUAUUAUUUUGUUA